AUGGCAGCGCACAGGCUGGCACUGCUGCCCACGCACGCCCCGCCCGCGGCCGCCGCCAUGUGGUACGCCCACAACUACGCCCAGAGGAGGACGCAGGCAAGGAACUUCUCUCGAAGCUUCUACGCCCACGACUACAGCCAUGACAUGGCGACGCCCGGCGAGUACGCCCACGCCUCCGCCCCCGUGCUCUACGCCCACAACCCGUACCACGUGUGUCAGGACAGGGCCUUCGCUCACGCCGCCUUCGCCGACGCCGAGUACCCCGGCGCCCACCGCGAGUACGCGGCCGAGUACGCCCACGCGAAUGCUCAAACUCACGCCCACAUCGCCAAUCACUCCCACAAUGCCAGCUACGCCCACACGACUGCUCAUGUUCAUGCUGCCAAUCAUGCUCACGCGACGUCCCACGCCCACUCCGCUGGCCACGCCCACGCUGCUCACAUCCCUGCUCAAAACCCCGCCCAUCUGAGCGACGUGGAGGUAAGCCGCCACUACAGCGCGCCCACAUACGCCCAGGAGUGGCAGUUCGGGCGCGAGGAGCCCGCCCGCGCGCGGUCCGCGGGCGCGAGGCGGCACGAGCAGGCGAGCCGAGUCCGCCCGCACGUGCAGGAGCGAGCCCGACAGCGCGCCCAGAGCCAGACGGCGCGGGCGCGGGCGGCCGAGAGCUGCGCCUUCUACGCGGAGUCCCCGAGGUCGAGCCCCGAGGAGGAGGAGGAGGAGGAGGAGGGCGGCGAGAGCGUGCUGGAGGGCGACGUGCGGGUGGACCUGCCGUACACGCACAGCCAGUGCCGCGGGCGGGCGGGCGGCGCGCGGGCGGGCCGCGGCCGCGACGCCCACGCGCACAGCCGCAGCGAGCACAUCAUCCGGAGGUUCGAGGACACGGGCGAGGCGUGCGAGGAGGACGGCGAGGUCAGCACCGUCGGCCUCUCGUACCAGCAGCGCGCCGACGCCUGCAUCAGCCAGGGGCACCACCGCGCCUCCGUGGGCGCGGGCGAGGGCAGCGAGGGCGAGUCGGACGGCCGGCGCGGCGGCCUCCUCCUGCGGGAGGGCCUCGUCCGCGAGUGGGUACGGGCGGUGGGCGUGGUGGCCGCCUCGGGCACGCUGGUCACACUCGUCGUCCUAGGCUUCGGGGUAUACAACAUGCUCAUCACGACGCUCUUUCUGCUGUUUGUGCUCACGACAGUAGCUCUGCUGAUCUUCCUGCUGAUGCGUCGCCCUCCCUGCUGUCCCUGCUGCCAAGACCCCUACGAUUCUUCCUCUACUUCCGGCAGAGGGGAUGGAUCUCAGGGCGCCCACAUUCCCUACCUGACGGAGACGCACGGCAUCGUAGUCAAAAAGUGGAUGAAGGACUCCCCCCCGCCCUACGAGUCGCCCCCCGAGUACUCCAGCCUCUCCCCCGAGCUCAUCAUGGACGCCAAGACGCUGCAGGAGCUCGUGAACGCUUCCCAGACCUCUUCGUCGCAGUCGCAAGGCAUUCCCGUCGGUGUCCACAACUCCCACCAUUCUCAGACGUCCUCCGCGUCGUGCCAGGGGCGUUCGGCCUCUCCUCUGUGCACCACGCCCCUCUUCAGCAGCGCUAACUUCUGCGACACCCCGAGGAGCCUCACGCCCACGGGGACGCUGCAGGAGCUGGGCAAGGCGCGGGCGGGCGUGUACGAUCGGCCGCCGUCGCCCAUCUUCACCUCGUGUCAGUACCAGCUGUCGUCCUCCUCCGCGAACGUCCUGCAUCUUCCGGCUUCGAACGCCUUCGUAGCAUCGCCCCCGACCACGGCUGCGUCAGAUACCGUGCCUUCCUCGGCGUACGCACAGCACGUACCGCCCCCGCCGACGUACGAGAGCCUGCGGAUACACUCGCACGGCGGAGGCAGAAGAAAAGACGACAAUCACUGAUACGGUCCCAGCGCCGUCGCCAGAGGAAACCGAAGGCUCUGUCAACUCCUCCGUAGGCCUAGUCCCGGUGUAGCGUGUAGAACAUGACGAGGAAGUAAUUAUGCUUUGUCAAUCAUAAUGUAGUUUGGAUUAGUUCCAGAGUAACAUUUAGGAUUAUGGUCUUAAGAGGAAGUAUCGAAAUAUGGUCCCGAAGACGUCCCUUUAAAGAGGUACUUUAAAUCCUAAAGAGUUGAUUAAGGGAAGUCAUACAAACGUAGGUGAGAUGAAGACUACUUAUGGAGUCCCACGGGAGCCUAACCUUACUCCUUGAUCUAAAUUCUCUUCCCUCGGCUUAGCGUAGUUAGUCACAGCUCAUCUAAAACCCAUGUAUUUGUAGCGCUAUGUAGUGGAGUAGGAAAAUAAGUGCAGAUCACUGCGGCAGGUACACUAGUGGAAUCUUUAUUUAUACUGCGUAAAUUAUUCAAGUGCUGCAUUAGAUACACUAUAUUGCAUUCGUUACAAAGCAGUGUUUACAAGCUUUGUUACAAACUACUGCUAUACAGCAUAUAAACUAUCCAAAAAACUUAGCACACGAGAAAUAACAUAACAUAACACAUAGCGAUGAGACAUAGUCAACGUUUUUUGUUUUUUUUAAUUCUGUCUUUUCUAUUCACCUCUUCAUCUGAUUAAGAAAAAAAUGAAAGGCACCAUAUUUCGAUAAUUUUCCAUAUAUGAACUUCCGUCCAUGAGUAUAAAGCAUAAUGUUUGAAUUUCUUCCCGCGUGUACUUUGUAUGUGUGUGAUGUACCGGCGCCAUUUUGUGUACCCGUAACUUUGAUGUUUCUCCAAAGGUUAUUCAAAGACUAGAAGAAAAAAAAAAUCGUUUGCUGGUGUCAGUUUUUACAUAUGUGAGGAGGAGCGGGCGUAUGUAUCGCAGUUUCCCUUUUUUAUAAUGUAUAAGGAAGAAAAGACUUGGUGUUCUAAAGUGUUAUCAUGACAAAAAAAAAGGAAAAAAACGAAAAAAAAAGAAAUGAACUGCAGUGUCUGUUGACAAUCAGCUGGAAGUCCGGAUAUCGAUUGUCUUUUGUCUGGAUGUCUCGCACAUGCCCCGUUUCGCGCCUUUUCUGUUGUUGAAGGCCGUUAACGGUUAAUAUAACGCCUCACUCUGUUCACUGGGCGGUGUGACUGCAACAUCGUUUCACUUAACGUCUUUUUUUUGUAAUAGGGUUAUAUGUAAAAAAAAAAGGUAGUUAGGGCGUUUUGUUUAUUUAAUUGCUAUUAUGAUUAUUGUUGUUGUUAUUAAUAUUAUUGGGAUGAUCAUUAUUUUUUGCUAAUAUUUUACUAUUAUAAAUAUUGUAAUAAGCAUUAUAUUCAUUCCUUUGUGAGCUGUAACUGCAGGAGUCGAAGAAUUAUGUUUAUGAUAACAUACCAUUUUAAAAGAGUUUGAAAUAGGAAAAAUCGGACAGGAAAGCUCAGUAAACCGUACAAGUGGUCCCACUUACAUUAUUUUUUUUUACUGGGCCUACAACACUAAUCAGUUGAUAUACCUGCCACCUAAUGGGGCAGGCAGCCAAUCUAUUUAUCUAUCUAUAUAUUCAUUUAUAUAUAUAUAUAUAUAUAUAUAUAUAUAUAUAUAUAUAUAUAUAUAUAUAUACACAUACAUACAUACAUACACACACACAUAUUGUUCAUACGCUAUGCAUCUUUAUCGUAACUGUCAGACCUGCUCAUUGACACCAAGAUAAACCCGGUGCCAAUAUCUAAUUUCACGUCGGUUAUGACAAACGCCAGCAUAACUGUCUUCUUCAUAUCAAGUGUAUAAUAAUAUGCAUCAUCCAGUAACGUCGGUGUUUACAGGAGUCUAGUCAAGGGAAUGUAUUAUGUGUGUGUGUAUUAAAGGAAGAAGGAGAAGAAGAAAUGGGAUAAGAAGGAGAAGGAGAGGGAGAAGAAGAAAUGGAAGAAGAAGCGGAAGAAGGAAAGAGAAGGAGAAGAAGAAAAACUGACGUAGUGGGUAUGAGGGUGCCUCUGUAUGCAAAGGGGGGGGAGGCAAGGGGCUGGUGGGAUUGUCAUGCCAGUGUUUAAUUCUCUUCCUCAUCCUCUUCCUCUUCUUUCGCUUCUUACUCCUCCUCCUUUUUUUCUUAUUUUUUUAUUUAUCUAUUUAUUUUCCUUAAUUUUUUUUUUUCUACGUUUUUUCUUCUUCUUCUUUUGCUCCUCCUCCUCCUCCUCCUCCUCCUCCUCCUUCUCCUCCUCCUCCUCCUCCUUCGAUCCGCCAAUAGACAUUGUUCUCAUUAUUAAUCUAAUCUCCUUUUGUUCCUUUCAUCCGAUAUUGAUAUUUAAUAUAGAAAAAAAUCUGGAUAAAAAAAAGUCCUUUUGAGAUCAAGGGAAAAAGUGAACGAAAAAAAUAAAAUGUAUAUAUACAAAAAAAAAAAAAAAAAAAAACUCCCCGAAAAUAUGUUCUGAAAACUUACAGGUCGAGAUACGAUGUUAACUUAGCAGCGUGUGACAUUUAAAGGUAAAAGGACCCGCGAAAUUAUGUACAGGUAGUCGACUUGUCUGACGUCAUCAAGUUAUAUAAUUUACAGUCAUAAAGAUAGCUUCGAUGACGUAAUAUCGCCCUCUCCUCCCCCCCACUCCCACCCUGUCCUCUCCUUCAACUUUCGUCGACCGGUUCUCCCUUCCCUCUUUCUUUCGCGCUCUCUCUCUUCCCUCUUACCCUCGCUCUCUCUCUCUUCCCUGUAUCUCUCCCUUCACUGUCCCUUUCCUUUCUUCUUUGCUCUUUUCUCCUCCUUCUCUCUUUACUCUCCUUUCUCCCCUCUUUCUUCCUUCUCCUCUUCCUCUCCCUUCUCCCUCUUUCUUCCCUUUCUACUCCCUCUUCCUUCCCUUCCUUCUCUCUCCUUCCUCCCCUCUUUCUUCCUUCGCCUCUUCCUCUCCCUUCUCCCUCUCCCUUCCUUCUCCCUUCCCUCUCUUCUCCCUCUCCCUUAUAGGCCCUGGAAGCUUACGCGUUACCCACUUUCCACCUCUGUCCCGUGGGGGAAAAAAAGUGACUCAUAAGGCGAUAAUCCCACACAUGCGCUUCGAGAUGUGACCUUUAUGAUGUUGAGCUUCGAGACUUGAUCGAUAUGUAUGAAUAUUUAUGGUGAUGAGGCCCGUUGGCUGAGGGUUACCGGGUGACCUAAAUGUGAAUUAUUCGCGAAGUGGAAGCUCUGUCUUUCUUGUUUGUGCAAUGUUUAUUUAAUUAUUGGCAUGUGGGUGAGUCUGUGUUGGGAGGCGCAGGUGGGUAUAUAAACGUACGUACGUAUAGACAGAUAGGUAGACAGGCAGACAGAUAGGCAGGCAGGCAGAAUAAACAGACAGACAGACAGUCAAAGAGGCAUACAGACAGGCACACACACACACACACAAUCACACACACACACAUACACACACACACACACACACACACACACACACACACACACACACACACACACACACACACACACACACACACACACACACACAUACACACACACACACACACACACACACACAUAAACACACACACACACAUACACACACACACACACACACACACACACACACACACACACACACACACACACACACACACACACACACACACACACACACACACACACACACACACACACACAUUCAAACCCACUUUUUUUCAAGACUAACGCCUCGUUCAGAUUAAUUCAAAUGAAAAUAUCGUAGCCAUUGCAAGGACAUACUCGAUGGAAGAGGGUGAAGGGAGGAGAGAGGAAAAGGAUGGAGAGGCAAGGGGAAAAGAGGGCAGGGAAAGGGGAAGACUAGUAGAGGAAGAGGAAGAGAAGGGGGGAGAAGGAAAGAGAAGAGAAGAGAGAAGUGAAGAAACGGGAAGAGAAAUGAAGAAAAGAAAGAGAAUAGAGGAGAGGAGAAACAUUUUAAUAAAUAGAAAAAAAUAAGUAAAGAGAUAAAAAGAUGGAGAACCAGAAGAGAACUUAGAAGAAGAAGGGAAAAUCACUCAAGGGAAAUAUCUCUACGUCUCCAGUAUCCUCGACGCAUAACGGCCUAAUUGCACGGGCGUCGCGGGGGCAAAAAUCUCUUCCCUUCCUCCUCUUCCUCUCCUCUUCUCCCCUACCACCUCCCUCUUUCCCCCUCCUACCUCCCUCUUCCCGCCCCCUUCCCUCCUACCCCCCCCCCCCCCGUGGCCGCCCAUUAACUCGCUAAAUGGAGGUCUUCGUCUGCGUCUUCGCCUUCGUCGCCGCCGUCGUCAAAUUCCCUGAAAUCUCGAGGACGACGCUGAAGACGUAGCAUUUGUGGGCGGGGCUUGUUCGAGGGCGUGUGUAGGGCGUUGCUGAUGUCCAUGGGGGAAGGAGAGGAGGAGAGAGAGGAAUAGAGGGAAGGAGGAGGUGAGAAAGAGGAGAGGAAGGGUAGGAGGAGAGAGGAAUGGGAGGAGAGCUGGUGAAGAGGGAGGAGAAGGGAAUGGGUGGAGGAGGAGGGAGGAAGAAAGGAAGGAGAAGCAGUAGGAACGAAGGAGAGAGGAGGGAGGGAAGGAGGAAGAGGAG